AUGGCCAAUACAGGUGGCAAGUAUUUCAUUCAAGAUGAGCUGGACACGGUUGCCCCUCAUCACGCGAGUUUCAAAACGCUGUGGGAGACAAAGUGGAAACAGCCAUGUGCUAUGGGUGUGUACCCUUUCAUGUUUGGGGCAAUCCAGGAUUUUGAGCCCGUAGCCGCGGACAUUAUCAAGAAAGGUCUCAAAGAGCCGUACGACUGGGACGAAUACGCGAAGUGCUUUUUUCCCAAGGCAGAGGAACUCGUCAAGCAAGCGGUAGCUGCAGAGAAUGACGGCCAGCGAGAGAAAGCGUCAGAGCUAUAUCUGUUGGUCACAACUUGUGCCUGCAUUAGCGCCUUUGUACUAAUGCUGCAUGAGUUUCCCAUGAUUCAGGUAGAUAUUCCUCACACGAACCGCAUUGAAGGCGAGGGCCAAGUUCUUCCCGGGUUUUACCAUCUCCCGGCAGAGGCUUCAAAUUCCCACAGGGUGCCACUAGUGAUCAUCUUCACUGGUCUCGAUGGGUAUAGGACAGAACUUGCGGUAUGGAAGGAGGGAUGGCGCCAGGUUGGUUGCGCUACUCUGAUCGUCGAGAUUCCUGGGACUGGCGACAAUCCGGGAGCACCUUCUGAUCCUACAAGCCCUGAUCGAGUUUGGGAUAGCAUGUUUGAGUGGAUUGCCAAGCAGGAUGCGAUUGACCAGGCUCAGAUUGUAAACUGGGGUUUCAGCACUGGUGGAUAUUACAGCAUCAGGUUGGCUCACACCCAUGCGAAGAAGCUAAAGGGUGUUGUGGCUCACGGGGGUGGCUGUCAUUACAUGUUCAGUCCUGAAUGGCUUGAGCAUGCUGAUACCCGUGAAUACCCAUUCGACCUGGCCCACACUCUAUGCCAUAAGUUUGGCUACGGGACGGACUUCGAACGCUUCAAGAAGGAAGCGAUCAAUCGGUACUCUUUACUUUACGAUGGGACCUUGGAUAAAUCUUGCACAAAGCUGCUACUAGUGAAUGGGAUGAACGAUGGUAUAUUCCCAAUUGACGACUAUUAUCUAUGCCUUCAGCAUGGCGGGCCUAAAGAAGCUCGCUUUGUCCCCAACGAGGAACAUAUGGGCGAACCCCAGUCGUUCUUCAUCAUUUUGAACUGGCUUGCAAAACUCUUGGAUUUCAAGAUAGACACCGGGCGUUUCAUGUCAACAAUACCCAGCAAACCGAAAUUCUAG